AUGGCACAGAUCCAAUCUCCUUCGCAUCCUCCUGCCCGCCCGUUGAAACUACGAGGAGGAGCAUGGCUGUUCGAGCCCAAGGUCGCUACUAUCAACAAGGGGUACCAGAGCGUCAUACGGUGGAGCAAGGGAGGGAGGAAGAGCGGCAAGGGAGCGGAGGAGGAGGAGGGAGAGGAGAGCGUCCCCCGGUGCUCUGAUGCGAGCCAGGAUCCCCAGAGGGUCCGCGGCAUUGAGAGGACUAACGACGACUCGACCAUGAGCAAGGCAUCGGCGUGCCGGGAAGGCUACUUGGAGGAUGCUUUCCUGAGGAGGGGCCUGUACCAGACGCGGCUGUGCCGGAGGACGGCGCUGAUCAAUCGGGGCUACUUCGUGAGGAUGGAGCUGGUCCGGGGGCUGAUCUCGAGCUUCAUCGACAGGACGGCUGAGCUGCAGCUGGGCAGUCAGGUGGUGGUGCUGGGAGCUGGUUACGACACUUCGUACCUGCAUUUUAAGGAGAGGCAGCGGCUGGACCACGUCAGGUGGAUGGAGAUCGAUCUGCCUGCCGUGCUCAGGAGGAAGAGCGACAUGCUCCGUCAAGACCCGCUCGCCUGUGCCCACCCCGAGCUGAUUCGGCUGGACUUGGGAGGGGAGGGAACGAGCCUGGAGACUUCGGACUUGAUCCUGGUGGGAGGAGACCUGCGGGAGCUGCGGGAGUUGGACGAGGCAGUAGAGCGAACUCGCUUCUGCAGCUCGCAUGCUCCGACGCUAGUGCUGGCGGAGUGCGUACUGCAGUACCUCGAGGAGGAGGAGGUCAGGCGUCUCCUCCUGUGGGUCCGCCAGCGCUUCCCCAACGCUGUUCUGGUGUCCUACGACCAGACGGGCCCUUGCGACCUGUUCGGGCAGGUGAUGACGAGCUCGCUGAAGAGGAAGGAGCAGGCGCUGAAGGCGAUUUCGUCCUCCCCU